AUGGAGCUCACCAUGGAGAACCUUCACAGCGUCUCCUUGCACUCCCAGAUGGGAGACCUCAUGGGCUCUCCGCACGCACGGCCGUCGCAGUCCCUCGGCUCCGCUCCCCGGAAUAUGGUUUCGCAUACUCCCGGCUCGCGGUCAGCCAUGGUCUCCGGCAUGGCUUCACUCCUGGAGGGCUCCGGCGGGGACUACCGGACAGAUCCGUCUGCGCUGUCUGGACACCUGCACCCGUCCAUCAGCAUGUGCGAGACCGGGAUGAGCCUAAGCAACACGUACACCACUCUGACCCCUCUGCAGCAUCUACCUCCAAUAUCCACCGUCUCGGAUAAGUUUCACCACCCGCACUCCCACCAUCAUGCUGCCGCCCAUCAACGACUCUCCGCCGGGAACGUCAGCGGCAGCUUCACGCUGAUGCGGGACGACCACCGGGGGCUCGCCUCCAUGGGCAAUCUGUACAGUCACUACCCCAAAGAGAUGUCCGUGUCCGGUAUGGGUCACAGCUCGCUCUCCCCGCUGUCAAGCGGGCUGGGUUCUUUGCACAACUCCCAGCAGCCGCUGUCAGCCUACGGUCCGAGCGCACACCUCUCCACCGACGGCAAGAUGCUCUCUCCGGUGUCAGGGUUUGAGUCCCACGCCUCCAUGCUGUCCCGAAGUGACCAAGAGCACCUAGCUAGGAGUUUAGGGGGCCACGGCCACGGUAUGAUCUCCAACCUCAACAGCAUGCACCACCACCCACACAGUCACCUCCACUCACAGGCGAACGGCGCGGUGAUGCUGGGGGACCGAGAGAGUCACGGUCACGGAGCCGGGCAGGCAGAAUCAGGCAUGCAGGGGGAAGAAAUCAACACAAAGGAGGUGGCACAGCGGAUAACGGCCGAGUUAAAGCGGUACUCCAUCCCUCAGGCCAUAUUCGCCCAGAGGAUCUUGAGUCGGUCGCAGGGAACCCUGUCAGACCUGCUACGGAACCCUAAACCCUGGAGUAAGCUCAAGUCAGGCCGGGAGACCUUCAGGAGGAUGUGGAAGUGGCUGCAGGAGCCUGAGUUUCAACGCAUGUCUGCUCUCCGGCUGGCCGCAUGUAAACGUAAGGAGGAGGACCGAGGACGAGAGCGCAACCAGUUGCCAAAGAAGCAGCGACUGGUCUUCACCGACCUGCAGCGUCGCACCCUGGUAGCCAUCUUCAGAGAGAACCGCCGUCCCUCCAAGGAGAUGCAGAUCACCAUCUCCCAGCAGCUGGGCCUGGAGCUCUCCACCGUCUCCAACUUCUUCAUGAACGCACGCCGCCGCUGCACGGACCGCUGGGACACGGAGGAGCACAGUCAUGGGGUGCACGGCCACGGCCACGGCCACAUGCACACUCCUCACGGAAACAGCAACAGCAACAACAACAACAACAACAACAACUCAACGAUCCAACCCGGUACCUCCUCUGCCGCCACGUUCUCCACGGCCUGACGGUGGCAGGACGGAGGGUUGAACAGACACAUGGAGGACGCAGAGCUACAGGGUGUGUAGCUGCAGCGCAACCAUCUGAUUCUUCUGCUCACAGUGCUGAUGACUUGAGCAGAGGAAUCAGAUCUUCUCAAUGUCCCAUGUGAUUUCUUUUGAUCUGAAUGUUACUCUGAGGGGUUAACAUGCGUUUUCAAAUCGUGACUUUUUUUCAAACCAAAGAUCCAGCAGCUCUGAACAAGUUGCCCUCAAACAACCACACGUGGCUCUUAUAGUGCACCCACCUGAAAACCAAAGAAAAUCCAUCUAUACUAAACUUUAUGUUCCACACUGUAACCUGCAGUGCAGAUUUCUAUUAGGAUAAAGAUACCAACACACGUGAAGCCUUGACAAGGGAGGCAUUGAGAACCUCUGCUGGUUGUCAGGAUGUAAACACACCAAAGAUGCACUGACAGGGAGCAGAUAGCUGUGAGGCAGGACACCUCAUUUCAGUAACAGACACCGAGGCUGAUUGAGAGGUGCGUUUGUGUGUCAAGUGUCUGUGAAACGCUCCCGACAGGUCCUUUGACCCGUGAGCCACACACCACCUCGCGCGCUGCAUCACUGCAGGCUGCGUGUUGCUCCUGGGGUGCAAAGUCUCCUGCAGUGAUUCGGCCUACUCCAUGUCAGGAUAACAGUGCCACCUGCUGUCCAUUUAAUCCACAUCUAGACAUGUUCUGAGCAUGUGUUAAGGCCCAUGUUAACAGGCCUGCAGCAACGCACUGUAUGUAACCUGCAGUGCAGAUUUCUAUUGGGCUAAAGAUACCCAAACUCUAUCUAAGCAGACGUGUAGCCCUGCAAACACCAAACAAACUGACAAUAUACGAUAACUCCAAAACACUUUGAUACACAUUUGAAUGUUUGUCUCUUAAAAACCGUCUUGUUGUACGGCUCCACGGUCUUACACCGCGCAGCCACUUGAGCGGUUAUUUUCAGGUUACAAAAGGAGAACAAUCAAACAGGGGUGACGCUCCCCGUGUUUAAAAAAAGUGUUG